CGAGACCAUAUGAGCAGAGCGUCCCGCAUGCUACGAGUGUGUGACCGUCCUGUCUCGACAUGUACGUAUUGAUGCACGCCUUACUCUCCCUGGCCAUCCUACUGCAUAUUGCGCGCACUGAGCCAUAUUUCUUCAUCCGCGAAGAAGUUACAAUGCCUGCCAAUGAAUAAACACCAGAUAGUAGUUUGUCACGGCGUUGAUUAUGUACGUGCGAUGUGGUGCUUGAUAUCGAGCCUUGUACUUCUCGGUGCCGGCAACGAGUCCCGUCGCAAUGACGGUAUCCAACUCGUUGCGGUGCCAGUUGAUCGGGACCUCCGCAGACGAGGAAUAUGCAAGGUUAUUGUCCUCUGGCGGUCACCUGGUGUAUAUCGGCAGUCAGUUUGAGACACCCGAGUACGGCGCGCAGGGAAACUUCAUUGCUUCAAGCCAUAAGGCGUACACUGUCACGCUGGUUCAUCAGCUCAAAUGCCUUGACAUCAUCCGACGGGACCUCACCGACGAUAGCCUCGAGGCUCCUACAUAACUCGCCGCUCUCUGCAUGAAUCAUCUCCACCAGACGAUACUUGCAGUGCCACCGCGAAGCUGGAGUCCUUCCCCACCCCAUCCGGACUCAGUAACUUCAUAACGUGUGAUACAAUCUGCAGGGAUUGGGAGACGGUGUAUGACGAGGCGGAACGGAAUCAGAGGGCAAAUAUUCGUGGCAUGGACGAACAGCACUGGGGUAUGAUGAUGAUGAUGAAGUCUGCAUUUAUAAUCCGCAACAAGCAAAC